GAAGCUCACUCUCAGUCGUCUGGAGUGGGGCGCGGUGGGUUACAACACGUCCUCCCUCUGCAAACUUCAACUACAACUGCAGCACCCUUCACUUCGCUUUUUCUACUGUUUUUAUUUUCUUUAUUUCUUCGUGGAAAAUUGGAGCUUCAUAAUGAAACACCACACACUGGAUUUCGUGGAGAGGGACAAGCAGUAAGACUGGAAAACAUCUGGAUAAAAUUAAGUUUUUGGAGGAUUUAAUGACUUUUUAUUUUUUAAUUAUGGGGCCUCUGAAUCUUUAUUUUUUUCUAUUGUAAUUCAUUUAUUUAUUUACUAUUGAUUGCCUGGUGUGAUUCCCACCUGAGCGCACAAAGCUACAGACUCUCAGUCAUGGAAAACCUCACCAUGGAGAACAACAUGACUGUGGUGAAUGACACGUCGGUGCAGGACAAUCAGACUCUGGGCGUCUGGAUCGACUAUACUGUUGAAUAUAAAGUGGUCAGUGUGUUGCUUGUGUCCCUCAUAUGUGGCGUGGGGAUCGUGGGGAAUGUGAUGGUCAUCCUGGUGGUCCUGACCACCAAACACAUGCGGACUCCCACUAACUGUUACUUAGUAAGUCUGGCCGUGGCUGACCUGAUGGUGCUGACGGCUGCAGGGCUGCCCAACAUCACCGACGCACUCCACGGUCAGUGGGUGUACGGUUACGCGGGCUGCCUGGGCAUCACCUAUCUGCAGUACCUGGGCAUAAACGCAUCCUCCUGCUCCAUUACUGCCUUCACCGUGGAGCGCUACAUCGCCAUCUGUCACCCCAUCAAGGCGCAGUUCCUGUGCACUUUAUCCAGAGCGAAGAAGAUCAUCCUGCUGGUGUGGGCGCUCACCUCCGUCUACUGCGUCAUGUGGCUCUUUCUGUCGGACACCAAAGAGUUGGUGUAUGACAACGCGGUGCUGCUCAGCUGCGCCUACAAAGUGUCCAGGAGUCACUAUCUGCCCAUUUACUUCACGGACUUUGCGGUGUUCUACGUGCUGCCCCUCAUGUUGGCCACCGUCCUGUACGGACUCAUCGCCAGGAUACUUUUCCUGAACCCGCUGCCAUCCGAUCCCAAGCAGGGCACCAAGAAGUGGAAGAAGGAGACGAGUCAGGGGGUGAGGAUGAUGAACAGCAGCAGCUCCUCCAGCAGCACCACGGCUGCCUCCCGCAGACAGAUGAUCUUAGGUCAUUGGGUGACCAAGAUGCUGGCUGUGGUGGUGAUCCUCUUCGCCUUGCUGUGGAUGCCCUACCGGACCUUAGUGGUGGUCAACUCCUUCAUCGAUAAGGCCUACCUGGACACCUGGUUCCUGCUGUUCUGCCGCCUCUGCAUCUACUUAAACAGUGCCAUAAACCCAGUCAUCUACAAUGCCAUGUCCCAGAAAUUCCGUGCUGCGUUCAAGAAGUUGUGUCACUGUGGCCCCCAGCGCAUGGAGAAACCGGCGUCUUACAGUGUGGCGCUCACCUACAGUGUCAUCAAGGAGACAUCCAAUGGCGAGAGUCCCGACCACUUCACCACAGAAAUGGAUGCGCUAAAUUCACCGUCAGAUCAGUACUUACCCGCCAGCAUCCUGCCCUCCGCUAAGAGGAUGCUGUAUGAGGAGCCUCCCCUGCCUGGAAGUGACGUUAAAGCCUGACUAAAACAAAAGGUGCUCCACGUAAAUGAAGCUGCUAUUUAAUCAAAUUAAAUCUGAAGGUCAGCUUUAUCUUAAAAUGCCCUUGUAAAAUACAGAUGAAGAAACUAUAGGAUUCAGCAGAUGCUGCUUAAUGUGACGAGCCAAACCAUCUCCACACCACACACAUUUACUACCUCAUUUAUUCCCAAAUGCUCUUUAUAAUUUAGGUUUGUUUUUUUGUGCAGCACCUGUAUCCAAGAGAUUUUGCCCUGAUUGUUGUACAGUGUGAGGACGUGAAGAUGCUUCCGCCAUCUUUAUACUUGGCUUGAACCCUGCAGCUCCGCUGUGAGCAUAUAGGGAGGUAAUGAUGCGUAAGCCGUUGAUGAAAAAGUAAAUGCAUAUAUUGAGGGUUGGCUGUUUGUCAAAGCACACAGUCUUACUUAUUUUUUACAUUUCUUUUAUAUUGCAAUUCUCCACAUUAGUGAAAUACAUGAGCUGUGCCCUGUUUAGUGUAAUGUAACACAUUGCUUUUGUGUUACUAUUAUAGAAUCUAAAUACUUAAGUUGGAGCAACCCGUGGCCAAGAGGAAAGGAUUUGGGCUUGUAAGGGUUACCGCUUCAAAUCUUAGGACAGGUCAAGGGCAGGGGUGCCCCUGAGCAAGGCACCCAAAUCCCCAUUACACCCCUUUUUAAAGAAAUGCGUUUCAUAUAAGUUGAAAUACUGUACAGUGGACAUGAGGACCUUUGUUUCAAUGUUGGGUUUAAGCAGUGUAACUAACUGCCAGUGCAUCAGUACAUUAUAAUUAGGGGAGACACUGUUUUUAUUAUUUUUAUUUAUUUUUUUAUCAGCCAGCCCUAGGAUAUCAUUAUACCACUGAUAACCAUGUGUUACAGAAAUUGCAUUUCCUCUUUGUUCCUGUGCCUCCCUGACACAAGCCAUGUAAUUCCAUUGAAUCCAAAUGCACAACGCCGUGACAUUGUAAUCUUGCUACUAGAGCGAAAAGCACAGACAUGGAAUUACAUGACCUUUUCCCUUUUAAAAAGGUCUGUGCAAAAGGAAGGAACAGACACUUCCCGGAACCUGCUGUGUUAAUGUAGAGCUACCUGUACUCUACUGAUUUCUGAACUCAAAUAACUACGUCGCAGUGACAGACAAUAAAAAAAAGGCCUUAUGUUGUCACUGUGAAGAAGACCACUGUGGUCUCGCUGAGGAGCUUGCCCAGUGCAAUGGCCAUUGAAUUAUUAUUAUUAUUAUCAUUAUUCUCAUUAACAUCAUUAUUAUAAGUAGUAUGAGAGACAAAUGUGUAUCUCGGAUGUGCAGACAGGGUGGCUGUUCAUCAAAGGGUCAAAUCACUGUCAAGGCAGUAAUUCACUGACAUCAGCCCAGAGUGCAGCGUGCAGCACUUUUCUGUGAUUUAUCAGCUCAGCAAAGCCCACAGUGCAAUGAUUGAAUGUGUAAAUAGAUUGCGACAAAGUGCCAUUCUUGAGCUUGUGCACUUGAGUAUGUAAGCAUAUGGCUCACGCUGCUUUUAAAAGAAAAACCUGCCAUUUCUUCAGCCUUGUACACGUGUAAAUUGAAGAGCACUCAAAGGGUAUGAAUAUGGAACUAAGAAGCAAACUCAUUAAAGGAACCCGUUUCCACGCCGAACAGCAGGCUUCUCUGUCAAUACCGUAGACGCCUGAAACGUAUUGUACUGUGCAAUGUCAAAUUAACUCAAUAUUGUGUUUUCAAACGUGUGUCAGUGAGUGCAGUUAUUUUAAAAAAAAAUAUUACUUAUUUGAUUCAAUGUGUUUUCUGUUAUUUCAAAACCGUGAGUGAAAGUUUUUGUCCAAAGUGCAAGGAGAUAUAGUUAUUAGAUCGUUUCUAGCAUGAGGUACCUCUAAUUGGUGCACUUUGAUUAGUUUCUCUCGCUUCUUUUUUCCAAACAUGUUUUCUGUUCUGCACGGUAGACAUGAACACAUGCUUUUGUGACGUGAACUCAAAGAUUGAUUGAAAGCAAGCCGAUAUCUGAUGUGUUUUUUUCCCCCA